AAGAAGAAGAGGAGGAGGAGGAAGAAAAGAAACAUCAGCAGUUUGUGAUUCUGUCUCUGUCUGAAGGUCAAAGAUCACUGACAUCAGCGUGGGACUGACAGCUGUCAAUCAUCAGAUCUGAACCAAUCAGGAGACAGAAAACAACCGUCGCCAUGGAGGAUUGACAACCAGGUGAGACACCUGCUGAUCAGGUCAGGAUCAGAUGCAAUCAUGGCGUACAUCAAAUGGCAAACAGGAAGUCUAAACCUGCUGCACUUCCUGUUAGGUGUGUUCCUGGUUUGCCCUGAAGGGGGUGUCGGUCUGGAGCUGAUGCCGUCAGCCUCCAAAGUUUUACUGAACUCCACCUCCAGCUUCACUGUGGUGUGUUCGGGGUGGAGUCAGGUGACGUGGCGGGUACCUCAGGACUCUCAGGUAGACGGGGUUGUGGUGGAGAAUCGGGGUUCCAGCAGCGUCCUGCAGCUCUUUAAUGUCACCUGGAGGAAUUCUGGGCGAUACACCUGUGAGGAGGGGUCGUCCUAUCAGAGCAGAGAGAUUGACAUCUUCAUACCUGGAAAAGGUCCGGAUGAAUGGUUUGUCCCACUGGGUCCAGGUGUGGUGAUGAAGGAGGCGGAGGAAGACACCAUCCCCUGCGUGGUGUCCGACCCGCGGCUCAACGUCUCGCUGUAUGAACGUCCUGGCUGGACACUGGUUACCGGGACGACAUAUGAGCCGGGCCGUGGCUUCACAGGUCGUCUCAACGACACGUCAUACGUGUGCUUGGCCGCCCUCGGAGGAGAGGAGAGGGAGUCCCAGGUGUACUACGUCUUCAGCAUCGUAGUUCCUAAGGUGAUGGAGGUGGACCUGACGGUGUCCAGCAGUGUGUUGAAACAGGGGGAGGUUCUCACUGUGAACUGCACUGUCAAAGACACUGAGAUGGUUUUCUUCUCCUGGUACUUUCCCCGCAGACAGGAAGUCGAGCCGCUGACAGACUUUCUGCCCAAUCGGAUCCGUUCCUUCGUUAACAUCUCCACGGCAACAGUGGCAGAUUCUGGUGUGUAUACGUGUGUGGUGCAGGAGACCAUGCAGGGACGGACUGUGAUGAAAAACAUCACAGUGACAGUACUGGAUCGAGGGUAUGUCUACCUGUGGCCCUCAGGUGAGACCAAUGUAUCGUCUCUCCUCCACCACACGGUGGAGUUCAGUGUGGAGGUCGACGCCCACCCCGCCCCCACUGUCCUCUGGACCAAAGACAACCAGACUGUUGUCACGGAAACCACCUCCGUCACCACCACACACCUAAUGGGCAGCAGGUAUGUGAGCACACUGACACUGGUUCGAGUCCAGAUGGAUCAGACAGGAAAUUACACAGCAACCGUUUCCAAUGAUGACGACAUAGACGAGAUUGUUUUCAAACUGGAGGUCAAAGCACCCCCCAGGAUCACGUCUCUGUCAGAGGUUGGCAGUAAGGCAGUGCUUUGUGUCAGUGAGGGAGCUCCGCCUCCUUCUGUCACCUGGUACAUCUGUCACAGCUCACACAGGUGUAGUAAUGUCACGGGCGCCUGGAGGAGCCUAUCAGCAGCCUCAGAGGGCGCUUCUCUGCAGGAGAACAUCACUGAGGUGGAGGAGAGAGGAGUUACCCAGGUACGCAGUCAGUUGACUCUCCAGGCUCUCAGCUCUCUGUCAGCUGUUCGCUGUGAAGCCAGAAACACGGCAGGACGCCGAGCCAGAGACCUGCGAGUACUGUCCACCUCUCUCCUGUCUCAGGUUGCAGUCUUAGCAGCGGUUCUGGUUCUGGUUGUCAUUGCCGUCUUCUUCCUCAUCGUCCUCAUCCUCCUCUGGAGAAAAAAACCUCGUUAUGAAGUUCGCUGGAAGGUGAUUGAGUCUGUGAGUCCUGACGGACAGCAGUACACCUACCUGGACCCCGCCCACCUGCCCUAUAACUCCACCUGGGAAAUACCACGAGACAACGUAGUACUAGGUCAGGUGCUGGGUUCAGGUGCAUUUGGUCGUGUGGUUGAGGCGAACGUCUCUGGUCUGAUUCACUCUCAUUCUACAACUAAAGUAGCUGUGAAGAUGGUCAAACCAAGCAGCGGUGCAGUUCAGUCUCUGAUGUCAGAGUUGAAGGUUUUGGUUCAUCUUGGUCCUCACCUGAAUGUUGUCAACCUGCUGGGAGCCUGCACGAGAGGAGGCCCUGUCUAUCUGAUCACUGAGUUCUGUCGUCAUGGAGACCUGGUGAACUACCUGCAGAGAAACAAACACACCUUCCAGCAGAGUGACACACACACCAAGAGCGACAGUGAUGGAGGUUAUAUGGACAUGAAUAAAGAGGAGAGCGCUCAGUACGUCGCCAUGAAGGAGCUCAGCUACGCCGACAUCGAACCUGCGGUGUACGAGACGCCGUACAUAGCACCAGACCAGCAGGAGGCGUCCUCUCUCCUCCUCAGUGACUCUCCUCUCCUCAGCCUCAAUGACCUCCUCAGCUUCUCCUACCAGAUCUCUCAGGCCAUGGACUUCCUCUGCUCCAGAAGCUGUGUCCACAGAGACCUGGCAGCGAGGAACAUCCUGGUCUGUGAGGGGAAGCUGGUGAAGGUCUGUGACUUCGGUUUGGCUCGAGACCUGACAAAGGAUCAGGACUAUAUCGCCAGAGGAAACAGCUUCCUGCCGGUCAAGUGGAUGUCUCCAGAGAGUAUCUUCCAGAACAUUUACAGCUCUCAGAGCGACGUAUGGUCCUUCGGAGUCUUACUGUGGGAGAUCUUCUCUCUGGGUGGGAGCCCGUACCCCGACCUCCCGAUGACCCAGGAGUUUUACUCUGCUCUGAAGAGAGGAUACAGGAUGACCCGACCUGAACACGCUCCCCAUAACGCCUUUGAGCUGAUGAAAUGCUGCUGGGAGGAGAAACCUCAGUCUCGACCUUCCUUCUCAUCGCUGGUCGUCUCUGUAGGAAACAUGUUGACUGACGACUACAACAAGCGUUACCUCCAGCUGACGGAGAACUUCCUGAAAGGUGACAAUCCAGCUGUUGUUCGAUCCACACUGAGUUUAUCCAGAGCUGUUGAACAUCAGACGGACACACACGGAAGUCCCACCCCUCAGGUGAAUGUUCAUCAGUUGGAGGCAGAGCUAGAGGAGGCAGGCCCCUCCCAGGGCACCUACAUAAUCCCGAUUGCUGACGUUACCAUAGAAACAAGCACCUGCACUGCGCUGGACGCAGUCAGCCCCCCCCCCUCAGAUCCUCCCCUCGACACCACCUCUCAGGAUGAUUCAGGACCACAGGAAGUGACAUCAUCAGAAGGUCAAGAGGAAGCUGAGGAGCCUCGUGCUUCACCGUGCAGUGGUGAGGAAGAGGAGGAGAGCAGCCUGUGAGAGGGUGUCGGCUCGUUCCCCCCUCAGACUGGAAGGCUUUUAUAUCUAAACUAUGUCUGACUCCACCAACAGGAAACGGCUGCUUCUUCUUCCUGUUUGUAGUGAGUCGACCGUGCAGCAGGUCCUGGAUCAGAUUAUUAAUCCCUCAUUUAAUCUCUGCAUUACUCUGAAGUGUGUGUGUUUCUGUGUGUAUUUCUGCUCAGUGUCUAUUCUAACUGCUUUUAGACUCUUUUACACAAACUGAAUCUUUAUUAA